AUGCCCCAGCUAAUACCAAAUCACACUCCUAUUCAGUCCUAUGUUCUCUCAGAUGAUGUGGAUGAAGACGAGCCGCUGCACGUGGAGCAGAGUUCUUCAUCCGAGAUGCUAAUCAGCACGAGUGUAUGCACUACUCAUAAGGAGAGAUCUGAGAAAAGGAAAGCUCAGACACUUAAGCAUAAGAUUCCUAAACUGCCCACUGAAUUGGAGCCUUCGAGUAGCAGCUCCAGCACAUCCGCCGAGGAAGAUAAUCCAGACGGCGAAAUUGUGCCCAAUAUCAUUUCUGACGGCGAGAUCUCAGAGGAAAACUCCAUUGUCAGUAUCGACCAGCUGCGUAGAAUGGAUAAGCGUCAAUAUUCGACAGCUUCGACCGAUGUGGACUACGAUAAUGAGCCUAUAGUUCACUCUUUCCAGAUAGCGGAUCUUGAGGAGGUUCCCCAUGGUAUUCCUAGGCAAUCUACCACUAUGAAAAACUACCAGUUUCCUACUCACAGACUUAAAAAACGACUUUCUGAUGCAAAUAAGUAUCCGUUGGUCAUCGUUGCCUGUGGUUCUUUCUCUCCAAUCACCUAUCUCCAUCUUCGAAUGUUUGAGAUGGCUCUGGAUUCCAUUAGAGAAUCCACAAAGUUUGAAGUUAUUGGUGGCUUCUAUAGCCCCGUUUCUGAUAAUUACAGCAAGCCAGGACUAGCACCUUCGUCUCAUAGAGUGCGAAUGUGUGAAUUGGCCUGUGAAAGGACUUCUUCUUGGUUGAUGGUCGACGCUUGGGAGUCCCUUCAGCCUAAAUAUACAAGGACGGCGUUGGUGCUGGAUCAUUUCAACCGAGAGAUUAAUAUCAAGCGUGGUGGUGUGUUCAAAGCCGGAAGUAGUACCGAAAAGAUUGGCGUUAAAGUCAUGCUUCUUGCCGGGGGUGACCUAAUUGAAUCCAUGGGUGAGCCCAACGUCUGGGCCGAUCAAGAUAUGCAUCAUAUUUUGGGCAAUUACGGUUGUCUAAUAGUGGAACGAACGGGUUCCGAUGUCAGAUCUUUCUUGCUUUCCCAUGAUAUAAUGUACGAACACAGAAAGAAUAUUUUGGUUAUCAAGCAGAUGAUUUACAAUGAUAUCAGUUCCACCAAGGUGAGGUUGUUUAUCAGGCGUAAUAUGAGCGUCCGCUACUUACUCCCUAAUAGUGUUAUUAGAUACAUCCAAGAGAACCACUUGUAUGUUAACGACAAGGAGCCAGUCAAGGUGGUAUUAAACAAAUAA